AGGAGGAGGGGGGUGCAGGCAGCACAGGGAAGGGCUGGCAGGGCCAAGGGCCCCCAGGUGUGAGCCCAGGCUUGCAGGCCAGCCGGCUUCUCACCUCCUGAAGUAGUGCGCUGCUGGGUAGGUGGGCAGCAGUUUGUGCCUCAGGUACUGGAAGUCCUGCUCACUCCACACCUGAGGGAAGGGGCAGAGGUACCUCCCCGGCCCCGGCCCCGGCCCCGGCCCCGGGGAGAGCGCCCCCGCCGCCCUCCCUCCAGCCGGGCUUGCGCACCAGCCCCGCGCAGCCCCACCUCCUCCAGCAGAGCGAGAUCAAAGCUCUCCAUGUUCAGAAAGUCUCCCAGGCGCUUCACGCGGUCGGCCCUGUGCCUGCUCAGGAGUCCUCGCGCGCAGCCAUGGCGAGCCAGCAGCAGUCGUCCCCGUGCAGCUCGCAGACGCCGCCCGAGCAGCCGCUGCAGGUGAAGGUGGUGGGGCUCUUCAAAAGCUCCAGCUUUCAAAUUGCCAAGAGCACCGCUGAGAGUCUGAAGAAUAAUUAUCCAUCCAAAUUUGAAGAUCCUAUAAUAGUUCCUGUUCAAGAAUUUACAUGGGAUCAAUAUCUGCAGGAGAAAAAAAGGGAACUUAAGAAUGAAAUCUGGGAAUAUUCGUCCUAUGUGAUGUGUUUUAUUAACGAUCAGCUCCUGGGUGAUGCACUUGAUCUUCAGAAAUGGGCCCACAAAGUGUGGGAUAUAGUUGAUUUUAAGCCUCCUGCACUUUAUGAAGCACUUACUGUGGAUUAUUCUGCCAAAUUCUUGAGAGACACCAAGCAUGAUUUUGUAUUCUUGGACGUUUCUAUUGAUUUUUAUCCAAUUGGAAGAUUGAUUUUUGAGCUAUAUUGUGAUACAUGUCCCAAAACAUGUAAAAAUUUUCAGAUCUUGUGUACAGGAAAAGCAGGGUUUUCCCAAAGUGGCAUCAAGCUACAUUACACAGGUUCCAUUUUUCAUCGAGUGGUACGAAAUGGUUGGGUACAAGGAGGAGAUAUAGUUGCUGGAAAAGGAGAUGGUGGAGAGUCAAUUUAUGGACCAACAUUUGAAGAUGAAAACUUCUCAAUUCCUCAUAAUAAAAGGGGAGUUCUUGGAAUGGUCAACAAAGGCCGUCACAGCAAUGGGUCACAAUUCUACAUCACACUACAAGCAACUCCAUAUCUAGACAGAAAAUAUGUGGCUUUUGGGCAACUGAUUGAAGGCACAGACGUUCUUCAUCAGCUAGAACUGGUUCCAACAGAAAAUGAAAGACCAAAACAAAAAUGUAUAAUUACUGACAGUGGAGAGCUUUAUGCCUAACUUUCAUAUCAGUAUUUUCUGACAAUUUAUUAUUAUAUAUCUGAUCAGCUGUUUCUAGAUUUAAUUAAACAGUGCUUGAUACGAUUUAAUUUGAAAGCUGUGGCAGACGGUGUAGGUUAGCCUCCCAACACCCAAUCCCUUCCCAUUUUCCUUUCUUGCCUAAAGCAAAAUACACAAUUUUCCAGCCUCCUCUCCAGCCAGGAGUAGCAAUGGGAUACUGUUCUGGCCAAUGAGACAGGAGCAGAAUGCCAGCGGUCCUGCCCCUUCCCCGCUAUCCAGUCUUGAAUGCAAAGAGGCUGCAGCCAUGGAGGAAAGGCCAAGAGAAUAACAGAGAUGUCAGCCCCAGUUCUUGAGCUGCGGGACCAAUACCAGCAACUGCCUAUGUCUAGACUUCUUACUAUAUGAGGCAAAUAGACCCCUGUUUGUUGAUUGAUUACUCUGUUGCUUGUAGCCAAAACCAUUCUUAAUUUAGCAGCAGUACCUAAUGGCUUUUGAAUCCUAAAACAUUUGUACCUAUAAUAGAAUUAUGUUGGUAUUUGUAAUUAUAUUUCUGCCAUAAAAAACUUGGUAAAUAACCAAAGAGAAGAGAGGCAAUAGAAAAAAAUUCAUUGUACUAUUUCAUUGUGUAUACGGAGCAUUCAGAAAAGGGUAUAACACUUCAGAUGUUUUUGUGAAUAGAAUGCUGGUCUCUGAGCCAUGCCAACCAUAUGAAAACCAAGGGCUUGGUGGACUCCUGAGAUGUUACCGGCAUCCAGCUUGAUCAGCUGCUCCUUAAGCUGAGAUUCUGAAACCCAUAUCACCUAGGGAGCUUUCACAACACAGGCUAUUGGACCCUGUCCUUGACCCAUAAAGUCUCUAGAUGUGGGACAUGGAUUCUGCACAUUCACUUAGCUCUCUCCCCAGAGGUUCUUAUCUAAGCCACCAGGACACUGGGCACUUGGGAAUCACUGCAAGACAUAAGCAACAGGUUCCAGCCCCCUGUCUGUAGUUAAAGAGGUGCCUGCCUUUGUUAGUGGUGGCCGCGCUCAGCUGCCGCGCUGCUGCUCUACCCAGAGCCACUGCACUUUUCUUGCCCUUAAGUGAAUGCUUGUCUUCCAAGAAUCAUUUCUCUGUGAGCCGAUCUUAAAGAGACAGCCCUCUAAUUGACUUGGGGCUGGCCAAAGGGAGGCAAAGGAGUUUUAAUUUUUUUACAUUUUGAAAUGACUAUAGACUCACAAGAAAUUGCACAAAUAGAACAGAGCAGUCCUGUGUAUGAUCACCAUUUCUCCAGGGCUCCUAUCUUACACUACAGUAUAAUAUCAAAACCGGGCAACCAACAAUGGCAGAGGUGUCAUUUUAUCCUGUGCAUCGUAGAUCUGUGUGACUGGCACCACAAUCAAGACAAAACUUUUCCAGCACCACAAAGACCUGCCUUGGGCUAUAGCCCUUCAUAGUUCCAUCUGCUCCCUUGCUCCCCACCAUCCCUAACUCCUGCCAUCCGGCAUCUAGGUAUGUGUGUGUAUAUAUAUGUAUUUCCCUUCCUCCCUUCCUUAAUCCCUCCCUCCCUUCCUUUCUCUCUCCUUCCCUCCUUUUCUCUUUUCCCCUCUUUUCCUUCCUUCCUCCCUCCCCCCCUCUUUCUAGUAACAGCUUCAUCGCUGUUGCCAUGUGGUUUUAUCCUAAGAUCUGAGGUGGAUGGGGAGGAGGCGUACUGCCUGUGUCACGUUCUCAACUGGCCCAGGGGCAGCAGAGUGUUAAGAAUGUGUGUUCUAGAGCCAGACAGCCUGAGUUGGAAUCCUGGCUCUGCCCUUCCCUUGCUGCACGAACUCAGGCAAGAACUUCACUGUGCCUCUGCUGCCUCGUCUCAAAACAGUAGUACCCACCACACAGAGCUGCUGUGGGGGUUCAGAGAGUCAGUAAUCUGUGGACAGGAUCUAGACUAUGACCUAUUCUUCUAUAAGUGCUCGAUACAUGUAUGAUUAAUAAAUUCCUGGUAUAUGACCUCCGGGGUGUUGUCUAGGAACUUAUAUUUAAAAAAAAAAAAAAAUCCUCGAUGACUGAUUAACAGCCAGAUUUGGGAAACACUGAAGAGGAGGUGUCUCCUCUUCCUCUGCUCUUAGGAGUUUUGGCCAACC